UCUAGUUGAUCACUGGGCAUGAUUCAUGCAUGCAUAUGGUGGGCAGGAUCCAUGCAUGCUCGCCGCAAUAUUAUUGAGAAUGCUGGUGGCCGGUGGCCGGUGGGUUGACUACUGGCUCCUCCAUCCCCAGUUGAAAAGGCGGUUAGUGAGGUGGCAUCUUGUUUUUAACAGAUGAGGUCAUCAAUAUUCAUAUUCGAACAGAAGGCCUAUCGGUCACAAAAUACUUUGAUAUCUUGUUUAGAACCAACUGAUUUUAUUAUCUUGAGUUGUUUGGAGAUAUUCAAUUAUGAAUCAUAUAUCAUUGACUAACACGUGCCUAUAUAAAACUAAUACACGAACAUCAUACUUGAAAAAGUAUAGUAUGUCAUAAACCAACUGGUACCAAUAACUCGAGUUGUACUCGCGAGAGAGUUAUUUAUAUAGAUCAUACACCACUCUCUUACACGCCCUCGCGAACAAAAGUCAACUUAUAAUGAGUUUGGUGUUUUCACAAACCCGUCAUACCUUGUGCUUAAAUCAACUGUGGGGUCGUGGAGAUUUGAACAUGCGACCAUCUGGCCAAACCAGCUCUGAUACCAUUUCAUAAACCAACUUAUCACAAUAAUUUGAGUUGUUGAAAGAUAGUUAUCUAUGGAUCGGGUACCACUUUCUUACAUAAUACCUCAACUAUCUCAUUCAUAGUGCAUUAAAUUUUCAACUACUUUGUUUUCCGUUGAGUUUUUCAUCAUUAUUUUUUAAAGUCGUUAUUGUUAGUCUCAGUGGCGGAGCUCCGUAAUCUCCCUCAACUUUUGAUUAAAAGUACAUGUAAAAUUUAUAACAAUAAAAAAAUUGAAUAUCUAUCAAGAUUUUGAACCCAUCACUGACCAUUAUAGUUUACUAGGGAUGACGAUGAGUCAGGUCGGGGACGGAUAGUGCAUAUUCGUUACCCUACCCAAAAUAGUUUGGGUUUUAGUUUUACCCAUACUCACAUAAGAAACAGGUAGAAAAUCCAAACCAUGCCCAUACUCAUUCGAAUUUUGGUUAUCCACAAUUAUCCAUGAAUAAUGAUUUCUCUUUAUAACUUCAACCAAUAUAUUAAUAUUCACGUGUAUUCAGUACAUUAUUUUCCAUCACCCAGACUGGAUCGCGAGUUACUGGCCGUAAUCAUUGUGUUCCCAUACGUGGGAAUAGUAAUUAAUCUUUCGAAGAAAAGUAAUCAUCAUUAGUUUUGAGUAAUCUCCCACUUUUAACGAUCGAUGGAUAAUUAAGAGCAGACUUAACUGCCUAGCUAGGAAAUCAAAGAGAAUAAAAAAUAAUACAGCAAAACGCAAAACUUUGAUCGUUAAUCCCCCACGUGCGGCUUUUCCCUUCACGUGGGAAUACAAUUCAACACGUUUUCCACGGUGAAGUUGCUGAUUUCGUUCUUAAACCUUAGCUCCCCUUCCGUUGCCCUUUCUCCCGAUUGCGGCUACGACCCAUCUAUAUUCUCUACCACACACACACAUAUAUAGUUCCCAACUCGAUCUCUCUAUGCGUAACCUUCUACACUUACCAUGCAGCAUUACCUGAGAAACGAGAUGACUAGUCCACCGCCGUCAUCCUCGAGCGACGGAGGCCGCGGCAGCCGUUCACCACCGUGCACUGGUGGCCGGCCAUCACGGCCGCCGCCAAAGCGAAAAGCCGGGCGGAAGAAAUUCCAGGAGACACGUCAUCCGAUCUACAAGGGCGUGCGUCGACGAAACGACAAGUGGGUGUGCGAGAUCCGACAUCCUCAGAACACCAAGUCGAGGAUCUGGUUGGGCACAUUCACGUGCCCCGAGACGGCGGGCAGGGCCCAUGACGUGGCGGCGCUGGCGCUCUGCAGGGCGGCGGACUCGGCGGGAACGAGGCUGAUGCUGAAGCUGAACUUCCCCGAGUCGGCUCACUCGCUGCCUCGUGCCGCGUCGGAUUCCGUGAAGGACAUUCAGCGCGCGGUGGUCCAGCUGGCUACCGUGGAGACCGGUGGGGGUGCGGUGUCGGGUGACGGUGUUGGUGACGUGGAGGGAGGGGAUUGGGGGGCGGUGGUGGGGAAGGUGGAGCCGAUGGUGUUUGUGGACGAGGAGGAGCUGUUCAACAUGCCGGCGUUGUUGAACGGCAUGGCGGAAGGGAUGAUUGUCACGCCGCCGGGGAUGAAGAGAGGGUUUUGCUGGGAUGAUGACGUGGACGGCGGUGGUGAUGAUCAGGGCAUGGACUUCACGUUGUGGAGUGACUAUUGAUUAGUUGUGGCUGUGUUGCUUAUGACAAGAAAGGCAACUGUCUGUCUCUUUUGGACAAUGUUAGAGAGCUUGUUAGACCAUUAUUAUGUGUUGAUUUUGAGAUAUUCGAUUGCUGAAUUGGUCAAGGAGAUGAAGCUGUAAUGUUUAGAAACUUCGUGUGGAGUUUAUUUUUCUUAAUAAGGUGGUUGAUGUGGGAAGGUGGUUGAUGUGAUCAUUAUGCAUUGGGUUGGUUUGGUUCAAUUCUUCUAUCCUAUUAUUUUCGAGGCGGAGUUUAAUCUGAGUCUCGAUAAAGAAUGAUGAUGAUU